AUGAGGCUUUUAACACCGGUACUGUUGGUGCUAGCCAUAGCCAAUGCCGGCGCACAAAUCGUACCUCAGUUCCUAAGACCAUCAUGCCAAAGACUACUAUACUGCAACAGCAAACUGCUGCACUACGUCCAAAUGGCCCGCGUCUUCCCCGACUCCAAGACCUUCGUCGAUCUCAGCUUGAAAUACAACGAGGACAUCAUCUUCGAAUCAUUCAAUAGACUACUGAAAGAGACCCAAAAUAAUCCUACUAAAGCACAAUUGACGGAAUUCGUAAACCUCAACUUUAACUCGACCGAUGAGCUCGAGGAGUGGACACCAAAAGAUUUUAAAAAGAAUCCAGAGUUUUUGAACUCCAUAACCGACGGCGAGUUCAAGCAAUUCGCUAAAGAUAUCCACAACCUGUGGCCUUCUCUUGGACGCAAAAUAAAGUCGUCAGUGUAUCAACAACCGGAACUUUCCAGUCUCAUACCCCUGCCGUACGGGUUCAUGAUCCCCGGUGGAAAAUUCAGGGAGCUCUACUACUGGGACUCCUACUGGAUCAUCAGAGGCUUACUCGUGAGUGGAAUGCACGACACCGUUAAAGGUAUCAUAGGUAAUCUCAUCUAUAUGCAAAAGCAGUUCGGCCACGUUCCCAACGGCGGUAGAUACUACUACCAGGAGCGCAGUCAACCUCCCCUUUUGGCGGCCAUGAUGGCGUUAUACGUUGAAUUUUCAGACGACAUUGACUUUAUGAAGAAGAACUUACAUGUUAUAGAAGACGAGCUGGAGUACUGGCUCGACACCCACAGCGUUGCGUUCACGAAGAACGGCACCGAGUACACUCUUCUCCGCUACUUCUCUCCCAGCGAGGGACCGCGUCCGGAAGCUUACUACGAGGACUUCUCCGAAGCGGAAGACUUCGACUCGGACGACCGACGAGACCAGUUCUACGUCGACAUCAAGAGUGCCGCCGAAAGUGGGUGGGACUUCUCUACGCGCUGGUUCAUCAACCAGGAGGGGCCCAGCAAGGGGAACCUCUCCGCUAUCCACGUUACAGACAUAGUUCCAGUAGAUUUGAACGCCAUAUUCACAAACGCGCUACUAAACCUCGAGGAGUUCUAUAAGAAACUCGAGAAUCCACGCAAAGGUGCCCACUGGGGGUAUCUCGCGAAGCAGUGGAUGAGCUCGAUGCAGGAGGUUCUGUGGCACGAGGAAGACGGCAUCUGGUACGACUAUGACCUUCUGAACGAGCGUCACAGGAACUACUUCUACCUGAGCAACAUCGCCCCCUUAUCCAUGUCGGCCGUCCAUCCAGAUUUCGUUAGCGCGAAAGCCCACCGCAUCCUGGAAUACCUGAACAACACCCAAACUCUCGACCUUCCGGGGGGGAUCCCCACGUCGUUAUUCUUCAGCGGGGAGCAGUGGGACUACCCCAACGCGUGGCCCCCGCUAAUGAGCAUGACGGUUAGCGCCCUGGAGGUGCUGAACACGCCGGAGGCAGACCAAAUCGCCUUCCAGGUGUCCCAGAACUGGAUCCGCUCAGCGUACAUAGGGUACGUGAAGAACAAUAGGAUAUACAAGAAGUACCACGUGCAGGUAGCGGGGAAGAGCGGGCUCGGCGGGGAUUUCGUCCCUCAGAGAGGCUACGGCUGGUCCAACGGUGUUAUACUGGAGAUGCUUUACAAGUACGGGAGCACGCUCAAAGCCAGUGACGUCAUGGGCGCCGCGCCUCUCCACCCCGAGUUCCUAGUGCCCGCCCCAGAAGAGAUUUCUGUUUAUUAUAAAAAAUGA